CACAUUAGCUGUUGGACAAUGAUUGAAUCAGAGCUGAGGCGUGCACGACAGAGACAAAAAAAGAGGCUUAUUUUCCUUUAUGCCACCUCCAACCUUACGCCAACGAAGACAGAAGCGAGCAGGAAAUGACAACUGUGACUUUGACCCAACAAAUGUGAGUGGAAGGUUUAGUUUCGUCUCUUAUGCAGAAGCUAAAGUGACGUGAAGGUGUGCUGAGUGAGGACCGACGGCAAGCAAAAGCUUUCAACAGGAGGCAAACAGCAGAAAGCAGCUACUGGAGACAGCUUCUCACAGAAGAUAAGGAUAUAAUUUUUGGACAAAAACAAAGAAAUUUGGACAAGACCUCUUUCAUAACAGUUGACAUUAUCAUGGAUAUUCUUGGAGGUGCACCUCGUGUUUUGGGCUAUCCUCGCCCUAUUGUGGCACAGUUUGGGGCAGAUGCAACCCUAAGGUGCCAAAUUGGUGGAGACCCUCAUCCGGAUGUCAUCUGGGAACGUAAAAACAUUAAAAUUCUGUCUGAGGGGCGGUACAAGAUCUCAGAGGAGGGAAAAGCAUACUUGUUGACCAUUACCGGAGUUACCCAACAAGAUGCCGGUCAGUACAUAUGCAAGGCUAGAAACAGCGUAGGAGAAACCUACGCAGCAGCCUCUCUCAAAGUGGAAGGAGAGCUUCUCGACAAUAAUGGAGAAUCGAUACAAUCAAACAGUAAUGGCAUAAAGGAAAAUGGGGACUUUGGGGAAACCCUAAAUGGCUACAACAUGGUGCAGAAAGAGAAGGAAAUGAAUGGAGACUCCAAGUGGAGGAAUCAAGCAAAUGAUCAACGGAAAGAGAUUGAUUUAACAUCAAACGACAAACCAAGAUUCCUGAUCAAGCCUUUGUCCCUGCGUGUGGAUCGUGGAGAGGAUGCCGCCUUCUCAUGUAAAAUCUGGGGCACACCUUUGCCGGAGGUGACUUGGGAGAAAGAUGGGAAGAAGCUCAAUGAUAUCUUUGAGAACUCUCACUUCAGUGUGAGCAUUCAAGACGGGGGCUGGUUUCAGCUCAAGAUCUACAGAACGCGCAUGCCGGACAAAGGCGUCUACACCUGCAAGGCCGUGAACUCCUAUGGCGAGGCCUUGGCGGGAGCUGUCCUUCUUGUCGAGCCCAUUCCAGAGCGAGAAGAGAGUAAAACGUCAUCAAUCAGUCAUGUCGGCAGCCAGAGGUCACCCAAACAAAGAGGCGGGAGGUUCAGUUUGUCAAAGCUCGCCGAGGAGCCGCCCAUCAACCCGUCCAAAGUCAAAAAGUUUGUAGUGACAGAGGGGAAGCAUGCCAAGUUUCGGUGCUUUGUAACAGGCAAGCCCAAACCAGAGAUCAUCUGGAAGAAAGACGGCGUUCCUUUGGAACCCGACAGACGACACUUGGUAUUUGAGGAUCGGGAAGGCUACUACACGCUGAAGGUUCUCUACUGUAAAAUGCAGGAUACAGGGCUAUAUGUAUGCGCCGCAUCGAACACUCUGGGAAACACCCUGAGUGCUGUUCACCUGACUGUGAAAGGGCCUGCAGUGCGGUUUAGACGGCCAUUAAAAGACGUGGAGGUAAAGGAGAGGGAUGUCGCUGUGCUGGAGUGUGAGGUGCCUGAUGAGAUGAUCCCAGCUGCCUGGUACCUGGAGGACCAGAGAUUGAUGCCUAGCAGUAAGUAUGGGAUGGAACAGAAAGGGACCAGGCGAAGACUCACCAUCCAUAAUGUUGGAAUGGAUGACGAUGGGGUUUAUCUUUGUGAGAUGCCAGAUGGAGCAAAGAGCAUUGCCGAGCUAGCAGUAAAAGGCACAAUUGUUUGUAAACUACCUCGGAAACUGGAGGUGCUGGAAGGCGAGAACGCAGCGUUCUGCGUCGAGGUCGAGAAUGAUGAAAUGGAGGUCCACUGGUUCAAAGAUGGUCUGAUGCUACACGAGACACACCAGACCAUCCUCAAGGCUUUCGGCAAGACCCACAUCCUGGUUUUUGUCAACGUGGCCUGUCAUGACUCGGGGGUUGUGACGUUUGUUGCAGGAAGAUCUAAAAGCUCAUCACGACUCAAAGUCAAAGCAACCAGACACAGCCCGCCAAUCUGUCCUGCUGACGUCAAAAUGGACAUAGACCGACCCAACAGUGCUCUCUUCUCCUGGGUGCCUGCGCCCAACAGCCAGACUACCACCCGCUCCAUGUUUGUCCUUGAGAGAGCGGAGAUUGGUUCUCAGGAGUGGCAGAAAUGCUUCACCUCAGAGACCGUCACUUCCGCUGAAGUUUCCGGUGACAGCGUUCCUUGUGAAGGCGACUACCGUUUUCGGGUGUGUUGCGUCAAUAAGUACGGACGCAGUGGCCAUGUGGAGUUCCCCAAAGUAGUCCAUCUUGUUCCAGGGCCCAAGAUUCAUAAACAUCUCCAAGGCUGUGAGGUGAUGGAAGGCGAGGACGCUCAAUUCUCCAUCGAACUGUCCGCACCGAUGGUUGGAACCUGGUUUCUGAACAGCUCCCAGCUGCAGCAUGGUGGAAGAUAUUCAGUGCAGCUGAACCAAGCAAAGCACUCUUUGGUGAUCCAUGAAGCCGGAACGGCUGAUGACACAGCAGAAAUCACAUUCAUCGCCAAUGGAGUGAGGGAUUCAGCUGUGCUCAAGGUUAAACCUGCUGUAUUCAAGUUCGUCCCUCUGUCAGACCUGGAAAGCAGUAAGAGAGUGGAAACCGGUGACGCCAUUGUGCUCUACUGUGAGGUCACCCAUCCUUUCGCUAAGGUAACCUGGUUUAAAAAUGGUGAGAAACUCCAAGUGAGCGAUGGGCUAAACAUCCAAUCAGACGGGAAGAUGAGAAGGAUUGUGAUACAGUCUGCUGAAGCAUCCGACUCUGGAGUUUACACAUGUCAAACAUCAGGGGAUGUCAUCAAAUUCAACGUGGACGUUGAAGGGCCUCCAGUAGAGUUCAGUCCAGCCUCUCAGGAAGAACUUCAUAAGAACGGCAUGGAAUUAGAUCCUGUGGUUCUGCUUUGCCACGUCUCCAGAGAAGACGCCGAAGCUGCUUGGUAUAAAGAUGGUUGUGAGAUUCGGGCUAGUGACAACAUUACCCUGCAGGUGGAGGGCACCAUGAGGAGGCUAAUCAUCCGAUCUGCAGAGGCUUCAGAUGCUGGACUUUACACUUGCAAGUCUGGGAACAACAGCUUAGAAUUUACAGUCAAUGUCAGAGAACCCCCAGUGACAAUUGUUGAACCUAAAGAUGACAUUGUGAUGACAUGUUACAUAUCAGAGGAGAUCAACUUGCAGUGUGAGUUAUCUCGGUCCAACGGGAAGGUCUGUUGGUUUAAGGAUGGUCAGGAGGUGCAGGAAAGCGACAAUAUCCAGCUAAGAUCAGAGGGACCUUACAGGAGGCUGACCAUUCUCUGUGGCUCAGGAGCGGAUAGUGGAGAGUAUGUCUGUGAAACAGAUGGAGACUCUAUCUUCUUCCAGAUAACUGUUACAGAGCCUCCUGUAAGAAUCAUCUCUCAUUGUGAACCCGAGGUGGAACUCACCCAUGUUGCACCAGAGAGACUGGAACUCUGCUGUGAAGUGUCCCAGGCGGACGCUCCAGUUCGAUGGUACAAAGAUAGUUUAGAGGUAGAAGAGAGCCCCAACUUGAUACUGGAAGUAGAUGGGGCCCAACGACGGCUAGUUAUACCUUUAACAACUGUCAGUGACACAGGAGAGUAUAUAUGUGACACUGAAAAUGACUCAGUUGCCUUUCUUGUUAAUAUCACAGAGCCACCAGUGAUGCUAAGUCGACCCAAAAACUUGCCAGACAAACUGGAAAGUUUUGCUGGUAAACCAAUCGUUCUAGAGACUGAGGUGUCGCGUCUAACAGCAGAUGUCAAGUGGCUACUCAAUGGCAAAGAAAUAGAGCAAAGUAGUAAUAUCGCAAUCACAGAAGAUGGGAUCUUUCGUCGCUUGACCAUCAACUCUCCCACUCCAAACGAUUCUGGGAAAUACACUUGUGACGCUACAGAUGAUAAAAUUGAUUUCCAGGUGAAAGUUUCAGAGCCGCCUGUGAAGAUCUUGAGAAAGUGCGAGAUCAAGACAGAUCUAAAGUUUCUAGUUUCAGAUGACAUUGUUCUUGAGUGCGAGAUCUCUCAAGCUAAUGGAAACGGCAAAUGGUACAAGGAUGGCUGUCAAGUUCAGGGUGAUGAAAGGUUCUGUGAAGAGGAGGAAGGUGCAUUCCGGUCGUUGGUAAUCCUUAAUGCAGAACUCAAAGAUUCAGGGGAAUAUUUCCUAGAUGUUGGGGAUGACAGUAUCAGUUUCUACGUUAAAGUAGAAGAGCCUCCUGUAAGCAUUGUAGGAAACUCAUGCGACCCUGAUUACCAGGAAUUGAUGGAAGGUGAUGACCUGAUAUUGGCCUGUGAGUUGUCCCGUGCUAAUGCCCCAGUGCAGUGGUACUGUAAUGACAGGCUUCUCACCAGCGAUUCCCGUACCAUCAUUGAAUGCUAUGGAAGUCUGAGAAAACUUAUUAUUUCAAACAUCCAGCCCUCGGAUUCUGGAAAGUAUGUGUGUGAUGCGGUGAACGACAAGAUGGUCAACAUAAUCCGUGUUCAAGAACCUCCGGUUACUUUUGUCAACAAGGAAGAUGAUGUGGUUGUGACAGGUUACGAAGCUGAGAGCGUGACUUUAAUGAGCUAUGUGUCCAAAGAAAGUGCAGUUGCACGCUGGCUUAAAGACUGGACACCAGUUGAAGGUGAACGGUUUCGAGAACUCAUGGACGGCCAUAAACGGAGUCUUACCAUCCAACCUUUAAGGCGGUCUGAUGCUGGUGAAUACACCUGUGAUGUCAACACUGACCAGAUGCACUUCAGUCUACUAGUGAAAGAAAUGAGGAUAAAAUUUGUGCGACCACUCUAUGACACCGUGGCUCAUGCUGACGGCAUGGUGACACUGCACUGUGAGGUGUGCAAACCAAAAGCAGAUGUCCAAUGGCUUAAGAAUGGGAUAGAAGUAGUUGGAAGCAGGAGAUUCUCCAUUCGAGCAGAUGGUGUCGAGAGAAGCUUGACCAUCCAUCGUUUAACUCACGAGGACGCAGGGCAGUAUGCCUGUGAAUCCAGAGAUGAUCGGACCGCCGCAAUGCUAAGAGUGGAGAUGCCUCGAGUUGUUGAGUUUCUUACCGAACUUCACAACACAACUGUGCUAGAAGGAGAAGAUGCCACCUUUAAAUGUGUUGUUUCUCCUGAGGAUGUUUCCUUGCUUUGGCUUAUGGACAACGAACCAAUGACUAUAGGGGAUCGCUUCCAAGCGAGUCGAAAUGGAUUGUGCCACACCUUGGUGAUUAAAAAGUGCCAGAUGAUAGACUGUUCCAGGAUCACAGCAGAAGCUGAAGGAAAAAUGAGCAAGGCUAGUCUCAAAGUUCAGGAAGCUCAAGUCAUGUUCACCAAGAAAAUGGAACCUGUGACAGCAGAGGAGUUUGAAGAGGCUACCCUAGAGACAGAAAUCAGCCUGGAGACUGGUGAGGUUCAGUGGAUGAGGCAAGGGGUGGUCAUCCAGUCUGGUCCUCGUCAUACCCUGGCCCAAAAUGGCUGUAAAAGAAGCCUAACUAUCCACAAGCUGAACCUGUCGGACCGAGGAACAUACCGCUGUGAGACCCUGCAUGAUCGGACACAGGUCAAACUCAAUGUAGAACCCCGAAAGAUCUCCAUCUGUAAAGGCCUAACGGAUCAAGAAACAUUUGAACGAGAGACUGCCUCCUUUGAGGUGGAGCUCUCCCAUAUAGACGUGGAAGGGAUUUGGCAGAAAGAUGGCAUCCGCGUAAAGCCAAACAACCAGUUUAGGGUGAGCAUCAACGGGCUAGUCCAUAGCCUUACCCUGACAAACUUAACUCUGGAGGACACAGGCACCAUCGUCUUCUCGGCUGAAGGAGCGCGAUCGACUGCAAGGCUCACAAUUAAAGAGACCCCUGUGGCCAUCCUGAAACCACUGGUUGAUGUUCGCGUGGAAGAAGAAUUUCCGGUCACUCUUGAGUGUGAAUUUUCCAGACAAAAUGUCGAAGUCAGAUGGUUUAAGAACGGAAAUGAGCUGAAGCCAGGGAAGGACCAUCGAAUCUAUUCCAUGGGCCGAAAGCGGUUCUGCCAGAUCCUUCAAUGCUCCGUUGCUGACUCUGGUUCCUAUACAUGUGACACAGGCGAAAUAAGCACCUUCUGCUCUUUGGAAGUUUACGAGCACAAGUUGGAGAUAGUACAGGAUCUUGAGGACCUUUACAUCCAGGAAGACCAGAAUGCUGUGUUCAUGUGCGAGCUCUCUCUGGAGGAUGUGGCUGGGGAGUGGUACAAGAAUGGCCACAAGAUCAGACCCAGUAGCACCACAAAGAUCCGCACAGAAGGGCCCAAACACUUCCUGCUGAUAUGCAACGUUAAAGCUGAGGAUGCUGGAGAUGUCCAAUUUGUAGCAAGGGAUGUCAAGUCAACAGCCUACCUUGAGGUAGAAGAGCUCCCAGUUUCCAUUGUAAAACCACUGCGAGACAGAACAGCCCUGGAGACCCACCGAGUGAUCCUUGAAUGCACCGUUUCCUCCCCUCGCUGCAGUGCAACCUGGUACAAAGGCAAACAGGAACUACAUCCUUCAGACAGGAUGGAGAUUAUAACAGAAGACUGUUCCCAUAAACUAGUAAUCCACCAGGUUGCUGUGGAGGACGAGGGAACUUACAGUAUUGAGGUUGGAGAACACACAUCCAAAGCAAAACUGAUGGUUGAAGCCAAGGCUCUUGUGAUGGUGACAGAACUUGAGAAUGUCCAGGUGACAGAGCCGGAGUCAGCUUCUUUCCAGUGUGAAGUCUCCGUUGACAUCAACAAACCUCCAGUUUGGACGUUAAAUGGAGUGACCCUUCGAUCGUGCCCUGCCGUCCGUCUGGAAGACCACGGGACAGUCCACAGACUCACUCUGAGGGACACAAGCGUGGACAUGAGUGGGACGGUCAAGUUCACAUUGGGCAAAGCCAAAAGCAGUGCCACGUUUACUGUGGUUGGAAAGUAGAAGGACUACAAAGUAUCUCUUGAAAGCAAAACGCCAACAGGAAUCAAACUAACCCUGCAUAACUGGAUGGCCCUCACUUACUCCAUCUGUUUUUAUCAAAUGGUGAGAGGUUAAAGUGUCAAACUCCAGUCCUCAAGGGCCGGUGCCCUGCAACUUUUACAUGUGCCUCUGCUGCACCACCUGAAUAGAAUAAUUAAGUCAUUAGCAAGGCUCCGGAGAACUGAUCUACAGAAGGAGAUAAGUUCCUUGUGUACUUAUCCAGCCUAAUUUCAUUUCGCUGGAAAGAAAUUAAGCCAUUUCAUUCCAGCGUUUUGUACCUGUGGCACAUCUAAAAUCUGCAGGCCCUCAAGGACUGGAGUUUGACGCCUGUGGAAUAGACAGUUAUGUUAGUAAUUAUAUCAUUUUUAGAAUAUGAUAUUUACAUUUCAGUAUUUUUAGUUGAUUUUACAAUAAAUUAUUACAUUUCAAUAAAAAAAAACAAGCUGAAUAAAAGGUGCAACUCAAUAAGUAUCAUUUUCUACCAGUGCCACUUUCGAACAGCACCAAAGUUCGAAUGUAAAUUCACAGUUGCUGUAAACCUACCGGUAAUGUUGAAGCAGUUAUUCUGUCUUUUUAUGUCUAUAUUGUAAAAACUUUGACUGCCUGCUUUUCAAAAGGAACUGUUCAGACUACCGCUUACCAAAACAUUAAGAGAACUGUCUUCUUUGGGAACUGUUUGGAACUCGAGUCUUUGCUUCCAACAUGACGGCAUACCAGUGCAAAAAAGCAAUACCAUAAGACAUGGGUGAUCAAAUUCUGUAAGGAACGACUUUUGUGGUCGUACCACAACACAUCUCAGAACACAUUUGUGAUGAAUUUGAGCAAAACAUCCAAGCCUGGCCAUCCCAUAUCAGUGCCUGACCUCACCAUUGUGCUUUUGGAUAAAUGGCCCAACACUCCCAUUAAUGCGUUCCCAUAAAGCUUGUGAAGCCCUUCCAGAAGAGUUGGAGCUUUUAUAGCCACACAGGGUAACCUGGGGCCAUGUUAGUGGAUUUGUACAAAAGAUAGCAUUAACAUCCAUUUCCAUGCAAGAGCAACUGAUCUAAUAGUUUUGGAUGAUAACUAGUAUGAAUAUGUAACUGUCCCACUGUGACUUGCUUGGUCUCUAUUCAGUGCUUGAUAAUAGAAAGCUAAUCAUACUCUUAUCAUGUUCUGCAUUAAUUAGGAUUUAAUAUCUGAAUGUACAGUAUUUCUAGUAUUUUUGGAGGACUAACAUGGAGUCCAAAUGAAGCCUAAUUUUUAAUUUGGAUUUUCAGAUAACGGCUCAAGAAAUAAGCAUAUAUUUGAAAGAGCAUUAAAAAAUUGUUGCUUGUAGGGAUACUGCUAAGAACACAGCUGAGAAUUUAAACUUCCGGCCUUCGUGGGUUUUUUUUUUGGCAUUUAACUCAUUGAGCUGCUAAAACCAGACGUUUUAGGCGCUGAAAUAUUUAACAAAAAACACUUACUGGUUUCCAAGAUCCUAGCCCUUGUACUACACUUUGCUUCCUGCAGAGGUUCUGGUUUUUUGUGCUCGUCUCUGCAAAUGAAAAAUGUGGUUUUUUGAGGUUUGAAAUUUUACCCAAUCGCUGACGUGACCCAUGCACACGCGCCAAUUCGGCGCCAAGAAGCUUACCAGCUGUAAACAAACAUCAUAUCUGCAAAGAGAGCGACUGAUAAUGUCCAUUCAGUAUUUGGAAGCCGUGGCCAACACGGACUUGGAACAGCUUCGUUCACUUCCGCCGCUGCCAUUGCUAAAAAAUAACAUUCUAAUACGGCGCAGAAAAUCAACGUCAUCAUUGCCGGCCACCUCCUCCUUCGAGUGGCCCUGUCGAAAAAUCGACCGGAAACAAUCCUAGUUGAGGGAAGAAAGCCCAGACUGCUGGAAGCCAGAGUUGAAAUUUUUUUUUUUUGAGCAGAAUUGCACCGAAAGUUAAUGGUCAACCUUCCAAGAUCCGUAUCUGAAACAACACAUCCCAAUUUAUAUAACAUAUUCACUAUAUUACAUUAGAAAACUAUUUUUAGUAGUGGUUUGGCUUUCUGACCACUGCUUCUGUAACUCAUAUGUGAGUGUGUGUGUGUGUUAUGUUACAUAGCGUAGACAUAGAAAAGUAGGGAAUUCAGUUUCAAGAUUGUCCAAAACGAAAAGAACUGCCAUUUCUAAAACUACACCGAUGAAACAUUUGGCUCAUUUUCCACAAAAUUGCCUUUAUUGGACAUUUUAGCCAUCAUAUUGUUUUUUGUUUGUAUUGUGCCGAACGGUGCCACCCACAACUGUAGUUUUCACUCGUGUUUGGACAAUGCAGACAAUAAAUCCCAACCUCUGGUUGAUUUUCAGUAUAUAUUUGUAUUUAGAGAUCGAAAGAGAAAUUUCAAAAUUUCAAAAAUUUCAGGCUGGAAAGCUGUUUGUCAGAAUUCCAUUUUAAGAAACGCGUUUCUGUGAUCCUCUGAUCCUCUUGAACAGAAAAUGCUUUACAAAGUAGGACUUGGACCAUCUUGCAAUGAGCAUUUAUGGAAGAUAAAGAGAGAGAGAGAGAGAAAGAUGGCAAUAUUACAUACAGGCAUACAUUAUUUGGCAUGAGAAAACAAAAGUCAAAAAUUAGGUUACAUUUAUUAAAUCAUGAGUACAGUAAAAUGAAUAUUCCAUAUAUAUUAAUGAAAUUUGUUUGCUUUAUUACUGUGCAAAACAACAUAUACAUAUCUAUUAAUGUGUAAGAAGUACAGUAUCAGCAAAUGGGCCCCAUGGUGACGCAAUACUCAUAAAAGUAAUCAGAUGACUAAACGACUUCAUGUUCCUAUAAAUACUUUGCCAAUGAAUUGAAAAUGGCGUCAUUUCUGAAUCUAACACACGUGACAAUGGCUUACACGGAAAACACAUUUUAAAACAGUUACCCUGUUAUGUGCCUAAAACAGUAAGGUACUAUAUUUUCAGUUAUCUGUGGGCGGUUCUGAUCCAUAUUCUACCAAUAUAUGAGGUAUCCAACCAAGUCUUGCAUAGAAAAAAAAAGAGCUGAUUGGAAAACACACUAUAAAUAUUAUAUCAGAUGACCACUCCUUGGUGAAAUAAGAAGUAAAAAUAGGUAAGUAUUCAAAAACAAGCUAACUUGAUUGAAAAGUUGUUUCUUUUUUUUGUGGGUUUUUUUUUCACAUAUAAAAAUAAUUCAAUAGCUCUUAAUCUCCCUGCCCCGUCCAAAGCCUGCUACCCCAGGCUCAUGGUCUAACCCAACGUUUUCAUUCAUCAGUGUCAAUACAGGCCAUUGUCGUCGCAAACGUGGAACAGUGGAUUGUUGGGAGACCGUGUUGCUCUUCGCCUCAACAGACCAGGAAACUGAUCUCCAAGAAGCUGAGAUUGGAAAAAAAAAAAAAAAAAAA